AUGGCCAGCGAUCGGAAAGCAGAGAACGAUGGCUCCGUGGACGAGGAUUUGGACGGUGAGGCUCCGGCCGCGGCCAUUGGUGACCUGUCAGAGACUCUGAAACAGGUGAAAGCCGAGACCGAGACGGAGCUUGCUGCCACGCAAGUGGCGGAAGAGAAGUCGCGGAAGAACUUCGCAGAGCUCACAAAGACUAUGGAAGAGGAGGUGGCGACUCGCCAGGCUGCGGUGGAUGAGGUCAAGGCAGCGAUCUCCACCUCUGAGGAGGCUGCUGGCAAAGCAAAGAGCGAUCUGCUCUCCGUGAACAGGCGCCUGUCCUCGACGAAACAGCAGCUGACAGAGCUGCAAGUCGACCUCAAGGAUAAGAGCAAGGACUUCGCCACGCGAGGGAAGUCCCGAGAUGCAGAGGCUGGGGUGGUUGCGGAGGCGCUUGCGAUCCUGACGAAGAGCAGCAGUGGUGCUACCGUCGAGGAAAGUGCGAAGACCCUCGCAAGCUUCUUGCAGUUAUCUUCGGAGGCCUGGGGCUCGCACCAUUCCUCGCGAGAGCGGGAGCUGAGCAGGCGAAAAGUGGCCCGUCUCUUGGAGUCGGCCGCCAGCCCUGGCCUGGCCGCAUUGCUCCUCCAGUCCCAGGAAGGCUCCGGCAGGAGGGACGUCUUCAAGAAAGUCAAGGCGCUGAUCCACGAAAUGCUCGCCAAGAUGAACGAGCAGCAGGCGCAGGAUGCACGACGGGACAGUUGGUGUCAGACGGAGCUGUCCAACACCAACAACGCCAAGGCCAGCAAAGCUACGCGUGCGGACAAGCUGAAGACCAAGAUGCUCGCCGUCACCGCUGAGUUGUCCUCUUUGAAGUCGGAGAUCGAGACAAGUGCAAAGGAGAUCGACGACAUGAAGGCGUCCAUGGGCAAGGCCGAGAGCCAGCGUGGCAAGGAAAGCGCCAAGGCGAAAGCCGACGUCGUCAUGUACGAAGAGGAUCAGAGGGUCCUCAGGGAGGCCAUCCUUGUGCUUCAGCGUGUCUAUGGGGACACCUCGGUCAAGGCCGACAACAGCGGCUACAAAGCCAAAGCCACAGGUUCCGGGGUCGUCGGCCUCUUGCAGGUGUCCUUGGAAAACUUCGCUGACCUGGCGGAGGAGACAGCGAAGGGGGAGAAGGAAGCCAAGGCGGACUUCCAGGAGCUCAAGACUACCACGGAGGUUCGACUGGCGACCUUCGUCAAGGACACGGAGUACAAGAAGCAGACCAUCACGAAACUUGAGUCGGAGCUUGUGAGGGCAAACGAAGACCUGGCCAGCUAUCAGAAGGAGAUCAAGGCACUGAGCACCUACUUGGAGGAGCUCGCGACAUCAUGCUCUGUGAAGGGCCUCAGCUUCGAGGAGCGCAAGGCGAAGCGCGAGGAGCAGCUUGCAUCACUCAAGGAGGCAGGGAUACUGCCAGAGCUGCUGCAGCUGGUCUUGCUUGGAGAGGCCCUGCGCGUCCUGCAGUCCGAAGACUGUAUUCCUUCCAAAGCAACCAGUGGCAAUGUAUCCUUCGAAUUCAACAGGCGCGAGCUCGGACUCCUCGACGUCGCCGCCUCCGCAUGCGAGUACCCCAAGCUUCCGCUAGUGCAAACCUCCUGGAAGCCCGGCACAGAGCAGAACCUCGCUUCGAUGCAGGCCCAGCGCACCGUGGAUUCCUUGCUCCGGCACGAGCCCUGCGACCGUGACCUUUUGGGAUUGAUCGUUGACUUCCACACUUCUGUGUUUGUGUUCCCCCCCAGCCUCUCCUACGCCGCAAAGCCUUCGCGUUUCUGUGGAAUUGCGAGAGUAGCCCUCUGCUGGACACAAGCUUUUGACUCUGACUUUGGCCUUUUCUUCACCAGCCAGGCCCCAGCCCCCUUUCAUCAGGACUACUUGGAGGAUCUCGAGCGCGAGGCAGGGCUCAGCACUUCUGGGCUUCUGGGUCAGGGCUGGAGGCGGCAAGGGAGGCGGCCAGGGCUGGGCUUUUGGUUCUCUGUGCUCUGUGGUCUGGAUCCAGGGGAGUGCAGAGAUUCUGUCAGCUUAGAUGGGGAGCUUUUCAGGAUGCUCUUCGGCUCCUUUGAUCCGGCUAUUCCAGAUUGUGGCGGCUACUUCCCAGAGGAUGACCACAUGGCCGUGGACGUUGUCAAUUGCGCAGCAGUGGACCCUGCAGCACCUUCACAGCGUGGGGCGAACCCUGUGACCUACGCUUCUGCUUCGAUUUGCCUGCCAGGUCCGGGGGGCAGCUCCAUGGCUGCCACCAGCCUUCCCUUGAACCUUUCGGCUCGAGCUGCGCAUGCUGCGCUGGUGCUGCCCUCAUCGAGUCCUAUGGCAACCUCGCCUUGCCAGGCUGACAAACCUGAGCAGUCGGAAGGACCCAGCGACGCACGGAAGGCAUGGAAAGCCCAGAUCCAGGAGCGUGCGCGGGAGGAGCUUCGCAAAUACAGGCUCGCACUCCAGUCCUGUGAGGCUGGAGUGAACAUCCGACCUUGUGGAUGA